AUGGAAGAUAACGAAAGUGAAAGACAAAAAUUACAAAAAAUAAAAAGCAUUAUUGAAAGAGAAAUAGAUAAAGAAUUAACUAGUAAACAAAAUGAAGUAUCUGAAAUCACAGAGAAAAUAAAAAAUGUACUUAGAAAUCUUGAAUUAUUAAAAUAUGUUGUCGCUGUUAGUUAUUACGAUCAGAAUCCAGGUCAAGAUGAAGAAACUGAUGAAAAAUUUCAAAAUCAAAUUCAUCCUUGUGUCAAAAAACUUUUACCGUUUAAAUCAAAUUACAAUAAAUCAAUGGGUGAUGUACUCGGAAGUCAUUCUUACGAAACGAGAAAAAGUAAAAAAACAGAUCAAUGUGUUGUUCAAUCGACAGUUUCUAAUAUAAAAAAAGAAGAGUCUAAUGUUAAUCAGCAAAACAAUUUAAAAAUGCCUCAGUAUGUACCACCCUUACCUAAUAAAAAUGAAACCAUACCUUCAUGUAAUUCUUCUGCUGGGAAUGGAUCUAAAGUUUCUUAUAGAGUAAUAGUAGGAAAUGUUUCAAAAUGGAUACCACCUGAUACAAGGGAAGAUAAAUCCACUCACAAAUGGAUGGUUUAUAUUAGAAAUAAAGAUGAAAGUAAAGAUGUAACAAAAUUAUUAAAAAAAGUUCGUUAUUUUUUACACGAAAGUUAUAAACCUCACGACAUAAUAGACGUUACAUCUCCAUUUCAAUUAACUCGAAGAGGGUGGGGUGAAUUUCCAAUAAGAGUUCAACUACAUUUUAUUCAUCCUUUAAAUAAACCGGUUGAUAUUAUUCAUAAUUUAAAAUUAGAUAUGUCUUGUUCUGGUGUUCAAAUGCUCGGAGGAGAAACGGUCGUUGAAGUUAGCCUUCAUCAAAAUGAAGAUUUAAACAAUAUGGCGACAAAUGAAAACCUGAUAAAACAAGAAGUUAUAACAAAUUUAAAUUGGAUAAAAGAAGAACCGAUUGAUGAAAAGCAAGACGUGUACGAUGAUAGUUUAUUGACGAAUAUUAACGGUUUUAAAUCUGCCACGAAUGGAAUGGUUGAAAAUUUAGAUAUCAAUAAUGAUGAAAUCGACGUGGUCGUAAAAAAAGAAGAACCAGAGGAUGAUUUUACCAAUUCCGAUGUAUAUAAUAUUAAAAUGGAAGAAAUGAAAUUAGCAAUUAAUAACAGUAGAAAAUUUCUUUUGGAUCGAAGAAAAGCCAUCAAAACGGUAGAAAUAGAACACGAUUAUUUAAGUACAUCAGGAAAUGGACAUCUUUCGGAUGCGUACCUGAAUACAUUUUCCGAUUCCAUAAUAAAAAAAGACAAAACGAAAGGUAAUACGUCAGAAGAAGAAGAAGAUAGUAAUGGGUUUGGUAAAAACGGUUACGUUUUACAUCCCGUCAGAGAAAUAUUUAAUAAAAAAAAUCAAAUCCGUUUAACUCGAAUAACAAUGUUUUCGAAUAAAACCGAAGAAGACGUUUUCAAAACUUUGGUAGUCAAUUUUAAUAAAUUAGAAGGGGAAGGAGGACAAUCAAAACAACCGUUAAAACUAUUCAAGCACAUGUACCUUGUAAAUAUAAUGCAAAGGGCUCAAGACACGAAAUUGAAUACCGUCGAACCUUUGGUACAAUGGUUCGUUCAAAAAUGGCCGAUAAUAACGAAAUUAUCUCGCGAUCCGACAUACAGAAUAAUACAUCCGUAUUCUUGUUCGUCUGAAGAAGAAUUUUUUAAUUUUAACAUCGGAAAACAAAGAUCCGCGGAAUGGUAUCGUGCAAAAGGAAUACAGAAAAUAUUGAAAUCGUUGAAAACGACGAUACCCAUAGAAGAAGAAAUAUGGACGACGAAACAAAUAAUGUUGUGGAGUCGUUUUCACGGGUAUUUUCCAAUGAGAUAUCAAAAAGAAACUUCCAGAGAGAGGAAGAAAAAAGAAAUAGAAAUAAAUAUAAAAACGAUUCCCCCGGGAGAACAAGUUAUAAAUAAAUUCGUUUGCGAUACAGCUAAAGAAAUAGGAAUAAAAAUAAAAGAUGAAGAAAUACUAACGGGUAUCAAAUGCGAUUCGGUAUCUCGCGUCAUCUCUCAAUCCGUCGCAUCUUUUCUAGAAGAACUCGUUAGGAAAUCUUUAGCUCGUGCAUGGUCGAGAAAUCGCGAUAGGUAA